AUAUUAUGGCACAGCCCAAAAUUCAAUAUGACAUCAGCCGCCCUAUCUACUCACUCACUGCUUUUGAUGCCGAAUUUCAAAAGGCAAAUAGGACUUAUCCUCUUGGAGAAAAAAUAAGAAAUCUCUUCAGGUGUCCAGCAAGACGAUUUAAAGCUCUCCUGCUUGCAUUCUUCCCAGUAAUUAUCUGGCUUCCAAAGUACAAAAUUAAAGAGUGCUUAAUGACAGAUGUGCUUGGUGGCAUUAGCUCUGGGACCAUACAAGUUCCACAAGGAAUGGCGUUUGCUCUCCUUGCAAACCUCCCUCCUGUUAAUGGACUCUAUUCUUCAUUUUUCCCUCUUAUUCCAUAUUUUUUCAUGGGCACCAUACAUCAGUUGGUUCCAGGUACAUUCGCUGUUCUGAGCAUUAUUGUUGGGAACAUGUGCCUCCAGCUGGCCCCAGAGUCAGAAUUUCAGCACUUCAAUGUUACUCUGAACAAAAUCAUUACUGAUGUUGCAGAAAUGCAAGCAGUUCGACUGAGAUUGUCAGGCACCCUUGCCUGCCUCACUGCAAUAAUACAGGUUGGCCUUGGAAUUAUGCAGUUUGGUUUUGUUGCCAUUUAUCUUUCGGAAUCUUUCAUUAGAGGCUUCAUGACAGCAGCUGGUUUGCAAAUUUUUAUUUCUGUUUUAAAGUACAUCUUUGGACUACAAGUUCCACCCUACAGUGGGCCACUGGCAACUAUCUAUACAGUAGUUGACAUCUUGAAAAACCUGCCACAUACAAACAUUGCUUCCCUAGUGUUUGCCUUGGUUAGUGCCAUGAUACUGAUCAUCGUCAAAGAGCUGAAUCUACGGUACAAGCACAAGAUACCCUUUCCUAUUCCUGUGGAGAUCGCUGUGGUUACUGUUGCAACUGCCAUUUCUCGGACCCUAAAUUUACCAGAAAAAUACAACAUUGAUAUAGUUGGAGCUGUCCCUCAAGGGUUGCCUGCGCCCAUGGUUCCAGAGGUGACCAAGUGGGGUGACAUGAUUGGGACUGCCUUUUCACUUGCCAUCAUUGGCUAUGUAAUUAACUUGGCCAUGGGAAGAACUCUGGCAACUAAGCAUGGCUAUGAUAUUGAUCCUAACCAGGAAAUGCUAGCCCUUGGCUGUAGCAACUUCUUUGGGUCAUUUUUCUAUACUCAUGUUAUAUGCUGUGCACUUUCUGUCACACUUGCUGUUGAUGGGUCUGGUGGCAAGUCACAGGUGGCAAGCUUCUGUGUAAUGGCCGUAGUCCUGGUUACACUGCUAACUCUUGGAGUUUACCUACAGCCUCUUCCUAAGUCUGUUCUUGGUGCUUUAAUUGCAGUCAACCUGAAGAACUCAUUGGUACAGCUUUCUGACCCAUACUACCUGUGGAAGAAGAACAGGCUUGACUGUUGUGUCUGGAUUGUGAGCUUUCUGUCAGCAUUCGUAUUGGGCCUUUCUUAUGGAGUCCCAGUUGGUGUUGGAUUCUCUAUGUUGAUGGUGAUCUUCCAGACACAGUUCCGUAAUGGCUCAUCACUGGGACAAGUAUCCAAUAUGGACAUUUACAAAAACCCCAAAGUGUAUACUCAGGUGAAGGAGCUGAAAGGGAUCAAAGUUUUAACCUACUGCUCUCCAAUCUACUUUGCAAAUGCUGAAAUAUUCAGACGCAAGAUCUUCCAAAAGAGUGGCGUGGAUCCAGUGAAGUACUUCUUAGCCAAAAGGAAGUUCAUAAAGAUGCAAACAAAGGAAAGAAGGCAAAAAGAAGGAAAAAGAUCACAGCAUAACAUACAAAAUAAGACAGCUUCCUUAUCUUCUCUUCAAGGCAUUCCAACAGAUACAGCAGGCAAUUCAGCCAUCGAUUCAAAUAACAAUCACAGAGCUGAAGAUACUGCUUCAACAUGCUACGUCAUCUGCAAUACGUCCAACAUAAUCUCAGAAGAAGUUACAAACUGCAGUGUGACCACGUCUGGCUCUGAAAACAACAACAAUCCGAUUCUGAAUGCCCCUCCAUUUCCUGACUUUCACACACUUAUUCUAGAUAUGGCUGCUGUUUCCUUUAUGGAUCUCAUGGGAAUCAAAGUUCUUGGCAAGCUACACUCAAGCUAUCAGAACAUUGGAGUAAAUGUCUACCUAGCAAACGUCCAAGCUCAAGUAUACACUGAUAUUGAAAAUGGAGGUCUCUUCCAAGAAGGGGGGCUGGAAAGAAGCCAUCUAUUCCUAACCACUCAUGAUGCUGUUCUAUUUCUGCAGCACAACCAGUGGAGACAGAAACAGAAUCAAGAACCGGCAAAGACACUAAUGUCCCAUGACAGCUAUGGAAAUGAAUCAUUACUAAAAGCGACAGAUGAAGAAGAGGAUAUUGAACAAGCCAUGUUUGGUAGUAUGUUCAAUGAUGGGAAUUACACAUCUCUGUAGAAGAAUGAAUGAAUGAAUAACAACUGAAAAGGAGUCCAGC